UCUCUCUCUCUCUCUCUCUCUACGUUUUCAGAGCUCUCUCUCUCCCUAUCGAUCGAUGGCCCACCCGUUCAUCUUCCCAUCUAACCUCCAAGACCUCGAAUCUGAGGGAUGCGACGACAUCAUCCACCUCUCUGUAGAAUCCCCAAUUUCCAUCUCCUCCUUCUCCCCUUCCCAGCUAGAUGAAUUCAUCAAAGGCGUAGUCUUCGAUCUCUCCGACAAGGACCUAUUCUGCAUCGAGGAGCAAGACAUCUUCGAUCGCAUCUAUUCUCUCGUCAAGGAUUUCUCACAUCUCAGCCCUAAUUUCAAGUUCAAUCUCGUCGAGAGCCUCCGAUCCAACCUCAGUGUUCUCCUCCCCAAUGUCGAUUCACUCUCGCGGGCCACUUCUCCGGCCCAUUCUGAUGGAGAUUUGUUCCUGGACCGGGUUGCGUCCUACCGCAAUGCAUUCAAGAUCUACACGUUCUUUCUGCUCACGAUCGUGAUAUCGGAGGAGCCGAAUCAGCAUGGCAACAACAAUCAGAAGGCAACGUCACAGAUUCGCAAGAAACACUCCUCAAAUUCAUGGAAUUUGGAAUCACAGAGGAGUCGGAUUCUCAAUUUGAUUGCUAAUUCUCUAGAGAUCAACCUCGCGUUGCUUUUCGGAUCAUCGGCUCCGGAUGAGAAUUAUCUAUCAUUUGUUGUCAAACAUGCUUUCUCUAUGUUUGAGAAUCAAGCCUUGUUGAAGGAUGCUGACACGAAAGAUGCUCUAUGUCGCAUAAUUGGCACAUGUGCUACCAAAUACCACUACACAGCACAGACUUGUGCCUCGAUCUUGCACCUAAUCCACAAAUUUGAUUUUGUUUCAACUCAUGUUGCUGACAUUAUGGCGUGGGCGGAGAAGAAGUAUGCAGAUGGCAGCUUGGCAGUCUCUCUCAUCAGAGAGAUUGGUCGGACAAAUCCAAAAGAUUAUGUGAGGGACAAUGUUGGGGCUGAGAAUGUUGGGAGGUUUCUCGUCGAGCUUGCUGAUCGUUUGCCGAAGCUGGUGUCAACAAAUGUUGGGAUCUUGGUGCCUCAUUUUGGUGGAGAGUCCUAUAAGAUAAGGAAUGCACUUCUUGGGGUUUUGGGGAAGUUGGUUUCAAAGGCAUUUAAGGAUGUAGAUGGUGAUUCGAGUGCCAAGUCCAUCCGAUUGCGCAGCAAGCUGGCUAUGCUGGACAUCUUGCUCGAGCGGUGUCGGGAUGUUUCAGCCUAUUCAAGGAGUAAGGUUCUUCAGGUGUGGGCAGAACUAUGUGAAGAACAUGCUGUUUCAAUUGGUUUGUGGAAUGAGGUUGCUUCAGUUGCUUCUGGGAGAUUGGAGGAUAAGAGUGCUUUUGUGAGGAAAUCGGCAUUGAAUCUACUCAUCACGAUGUUGCAGCAUAACCCGUUUGGUCCACAACUUCGCAUUGCAUCAUUUGAAGCGACCUUGGAGAAGUACAAGGAGAAACUGAAAGAGAUGGAGCCUAAUGUACCUUCUGAGAGCGUUUUGGAUGGGAUACCUUCAGACAAUGAGACAUGUGAUGAAGCAGAUGGGAAGGUUUAUCAGGCUGAAGUCAAGCCAGAGCAGCAAGACAGUGUUACUGAUAGUUGUUUGCCUAGUGUGGAAGAUGGGGUCAACAAGGAUUCUUCCAUGCUGGAUUUUGGGAACUUGGAGCAGACCAGGGCCUUGGUUGCAUCACUUGAGACAGGUUUGAGGUUCUCAAAGUGCAUAUCCUCCACAAUGCCGACUCUGGUCCAACUGCUGGCUUCAUCUUCUGCCACCGAUGUUGAGAACACGAUUCUUUUGCUGAUGAGGUGCAGACAGUUCCAAAUUGAUGGUUCUGAGGCCUGUCUUCGGAAAAUGUUGCCGCUUGUAUUUUCCCAGGACAAAUCUAUCUAUGCAGCUGUUGAGGAUGCAUUCAUCACAAUUUAUUUGACAAGAAACCCUACAGAAACUGCUGCAAAUCUAUUGAACCUUGCUAUAGAAUCUAGUAUCGGCGAUCUAGCAGCUCUAGAAUUUAUAGUGGGUUCCUUGGUAUCCAAGGGGGAUAUUUCUACAAGCACGAUAACAGCCUUAUGGGAUUUCUUUAGCUUUAAUGCCAGUGGGGUGACAGCAGAGCAAAGCCGAGGUGCUUUGUCCAUCCUUUGCAUGGCAGCAAAAUCAUCUACAGGCAUUAUUGGUUCCCACUUGCAAGACAUUAUUGAUAUUGGCUUUGGGCGUUGGGCCAAAGAGGAACCUUUGCUUGCAAGAACGGCAUGUGUUGCCCUUCAAAGAUUGUCAGAGGAAGAGAAGGGAAAGCUUAUGUCUAGUGGCAGCAGUAGGGUAUUUGGUAUUCUGCAGAGCUUAAUUACUGGUUUUUGGCUUCCAGAAAAUAUUUGGUAUGCUGCUGCAGAUAAAGCCAUAAGUGCAAUAUAUUCCAUUCAUCCAACACCUGAAGCCUUAGCUGCUGAUGUGGCGAAAAGGUCCCUCAGUUCUGUAUUUGAUUGCAGCGGAGCAAAUGAACUACAGAAUGAUCUGGAUAAUCCAAGUACCAAUUUCCUUUCCACAGUGGAAGUGGCAAAACUCAGUAGAUUUUUAUUUGUUGUAAGUCAUGUGGCACUAAAUCAAUUGGUUUACAUUGAAUCUUGUGUCCGGAAGAUUCAGAAACAGAAAACCAAGAAAGAGAAGUUGAACUCUGACUUGCAAAGUGCAUCUGCUGAAGAACCUGUGAAGGAAAAUGGAAUAAAUGCUGAAUUGGGUCUCGCAGCUUCUGAAGAUGCAAUACUUGAUGCACUCUCUGAAAGAGCAGAGAAAGAAAUUGUAUCAGGCAGUUCUGUUGACAAGAGCUUAAUUGGAUGCUGCGCACCUUUCCUAUCAAAACUAUGUAGAAAUUUUUGUUUGAUGCAAAAGUUUCCAGAACUACAAGCUUCUGGAAUGCUUGCUCUAUGUCGACUAAUGAUUAUCGAUGCAAAUUUUUGUGAAGCAAAUCUUCAACUUCUCUUCACGGUUGUGGAGAGUGCACCAAAUGAAACUGUUCGUUCUAACUGCACGAUAGCACUUGGAGACUUGGCUGUUCGUUAUCCUAACCUCUUAGAACCUUGGACUGAGAAUGUUUAUGCUCGAUUACGCGAUCCUUCAAUUUCUGUUCGGAAAAAUGCUGUUCUUGUGCUUUCUCAUCUCAUAUUGAACGAUAUGAUGAAGGUGAAAGGUUACAUCAAUGAAAUGGCUAUCCGGUUAGAAGACGAGGAUGAGAGAAUUUCAAGUCUCGCUAAGCUCUUCUUUCUUGAGUUGUCAAAGAAAGGAAGCAAUCCUAUUUACAAUUUGCUUCCAGAUAUUCUUGGUAGAUUGUCGAACCAAAAUCUGAAGGAAGAAGCUUUUUGCAACAUUAUGCAGUUCUUAAUAGGUUCCAUCAAGAAGGACAAACAAAUGGAAGCUCUUGUUGAGAAGCUUUGCAAUAGGUUUAGUGGAGUUGCAGAUUGCAAACAAUGGGAAUAUAUUGCUUAUUGUCUUUCUCAACUAUCGUUCACUGAAAAGGGAGUGAAAAAGCUUAUGGAGUCUUUCAAAACCUAUGAGCAUGUCCUUUCUGAGGAUUCUGUCAUGGACCACUUCAGAAACAUUAUCAACAAGGCUAAGAAGUUUGCAAAGCCAGAGCUUAAAUCCAUCAUUGAGGAAUUUGAGGAGAAGCUUAGCAAGUUCCACAUGGAGAGGAAGGAGCAAGAACAGACUGCUAGAAAUGCCCAGGCCCACCAGCAGAAAGUUGGCUGCAUUGAAGGCUACAUGGCUGUUAAGGAGGGCUCUGUGGCAGAAGAUGCAGAUGCAGAUAUUGCUGAAGAAGGAGCUAGUGAUGUAAUACAUCCCUCUAUAGAGGAGAUAAUAGACGAAACUCAGGACGCUGAGCCAGAAGCAAAUGCUGUAGAGUCAGAAGAAAGUUUGUGUGUGUCUAGUAUUGUGACAGAACCAGAAGCGGAUGAGAUGGAGUUCCAAUCGUCAAAGAGUGCUCGUAGAGGUGUCAAGUCCAAAGCCAACAGAAGCAUUGGGAUGGCCAUGAAAGAUCAAAAGGAUGCUACAUCCAUUAGGCGGCAAACUAGGUCGAGCAAAAGAUAGCAGAUGGCACAAUUGCUGGUAUCCUUCCGGUGGGUAGGGAGGAAGCCCAUUCAUGCAUUAUCCCAUGUCAUGAGGCUCUCAGUCAUGGGAGAAUUUUUCUUGCUGAUUAAUGGUUGACGGCAUUAUAGGUAUUUCGAGUAUCUUUGAAGCCAUAGGAAUGAGUUGGGUACAUGAAUGGGAAUGUAAGUUCUGUAAUGUUUAAUGUAAUGAUUUUGGUGUUUGUAUUAUUGAUAAAUGGAAAAAAAAGGUCUGAAUCCCUUUGGAGUGGGUGCUUAAA